UCUCGGUCACGUGAAGCACGGAACAACCCAAAUCCCACACCCCACCCCAACCCUAAUCCCGACUCGAGCCGCAGCCGCGACCGAUCCCCAUCCGAUCCGAUCCCCCAAUCCGAUGCUCCCCACCGUCGUCGACGACCCCUCCGCCGCCGCCGCCGCCGCAGUCGGCGCGGCCGCCUCCUCCUCCUUCCCCGACGCCGACGUCUAUGGCAACGGGGACUCGGACGACAUCGACUUCCCCUCCGACCCCAACCACGCCACCACCCAGGCCUUCUCCUCCGCCGCCGCCGCCGCGGCGGCGGCGGGUCCGGGCGGCGGCGGUGGCGCGGGGUCGGGGUCGGGCGGGGAGCGGCGGCCGCUGUUCCAGCGGCUGUGGACGGAGGAGGACGAGAUCGUGAUCCUGCGAGCGUUCGCGGAGUUCACGGCGCAGCGCGGGACGGCGUUCGCGUCGCACCAGUACGACACGGACCCGUUCUACGAGGACAUGCGGCGGCGCCUCCAGCUCGACUUCUCCAAGAGCCAGCUCGUCGAGAAGCUCCGCCGCCUCAAGCGCAAGUACCGCAACUGCGUCGACCGCCUCCGCGCCACCGGCCAGUCCUUCUCCUUCCGCUCGCCGCACGAGCAGGCCAUCUUCGAGAUCGCCCGCGGCAUCUGGCGCCCCACCUCCGACAAGCACGGCCGCGACGCCGACUCCGACGACGACGCGCUCCCCGACGCCGCCGCCGCCGUCGCCGUUCCUGCCCCGGCCAACGGGGAGGUCAGGUCCCCUUCCUCCACAAGAGCGCAGCAGCGCCGCGGCCGCCGCAGGCGCACGGCCGCCGCCGCCGCCGCCACCGCCACCGCCGCCGACGCAUCCGAGCCGCCGCAGCCUUACCCACCGGCUCCCGCGCCGGCGCCCGUCAAGGCGGAGGACGCGCUCCCGCACUUCUUCCCGCAGGGCGCGGCGGUCACCGCCACCGCGCACGUCCACGGCGUGGAUCCCGCCUCGGCGGCGGCGUCGGCGGCGGCGAACGCGGAGGGCGGCAUCCUGGCGCCGCUGUUCAAGGAGAUGGUGCGCGCCAUGCUCACCGCCGGGAUGGCGCCGCCGUCGCUGGAGCCGCCGGCGCCGGGGAUCCCGAUGAAAGGGGAGAGGUGGAGGCAGCAGCGGAUCCUGGAGCUGGAGGUGUACCUCCGGCGCAUCGACCUGCUGCAGGACCAGGUGAGGACGGCGCUGGAGGAGCUCAAGUCCACGCCGCCGGCGACGCAGUGACGUCAGCACCUCAUAGUACAUUGUCGCUUAGCCUGACAGGGAAGGAAGAUGAAGGUGUUUGUUUUGCAGAUAGGAUUAGCAGGAGGGGUUGGGACAGUAGGGGUAUUAUUAUGAUUAUUCCUUGUGUGAUUCUGAUUCAGGUCGCUAAAUAUUCAUCAGUCUCCCUCACAUUCUCUGCUUCUGUCACAUAAGAAUUAGUAGUAUGAAUAAAUAAUUGAGUUAUCAGAAUCA